GGUUUCACGAAAAAUGAUAUUCAUUACCAUUGGUGUGAAUUAACACAACCGAAUUGCUCGGAACCAAUUCGUAUUGCCGUUGACAACAUCACAUUACCAAAUUAUCGCCUUGGUCCAGUAUGCCUUAACAAAACUAUUGCUACCACUACCUCCGGCGUCUAUUCGAGAUUACGACUUCAGAUAACACUUGAUCGUGACAGUGCAUUUGCUGUAAUACAAAUUUAUUUGCCGGCAUCAAUGGUGGUCAUUUUAACGUGGAUAUCAUUCUGGAUUAGCAGUGAUUCAGCACCGUCACGAACAACAAUUGGUACCAUGACCGUGCUCACGGAAACUCAUCUGUUGAUUGGUACCAAUAAACGUUUACCACCAGUAUCUUACAUAAAGGCAGUUGAUGUUUAUCUGGGUGGUUGUUACUUCUUUGUUGUUAUGGUACUCAUCGAAUAUGCAUGUGUUGCAUACUGUCGUAAAAAAAAUGAAGAUAUGCAAAAAAAAAAUCUGUCAAACCAAAAAACCGGCAACCAUCCAUCACAGACGCCUGAUCUAUUACGAGACACACCAGCCAACAUUUGCACCUGUCAAAAAGCGCCACGCUAUUCCUUGGCCCGUAUCAUAGGCAAUCGACCAAAUAAAACAUGCUUAAAGCACAGUCGCAUCGACUACUACUCAAGAUUUGCCUUCCCAGCAGCUGUAAGUGAACAUAGGCCUGUAUAA